AUGAGAUCGACGUUCCGGUUGUUGGCCAAUGUCAAGGCCGCCCGGUAUCUGGAGCCCUUCGCUCCUACCGGCUUGACCGGCCUAGCCACUCACCCCAGUCCUCGUCCUACUCUGAUUCACCUUUACAAGACUACGCUGGAGAACCUGAAGAGCUUUCCCGAAUCUUCUGUCUAUCGUCAAUCCACCGAAGCCUUGACCCGUCACCGUCUGCAGAUCAUCGAGUCGGUAAAGCCUCCCGGUUAUGAGGCUUGGUUGGAGCGCGUGAAGAAGGCCGUCGCAGCCGAACCCGAGCGAUUCGCUUCUCUCCGCCUUGCCGAUGGUACCUAUGCCGGAUCUAUGCGCGAUGAUGGAAGCGACAACCCCCGUGGUGAGGAGUGGAAUGGAGAAGCCCUGGAGGCGACUACUGAGGGACCCGCUCGCACAACGGAACAAGAGGAGCGGUGGCACAAGGUCAUUGAGGAUGCGACUACUGUGGAGAGAAAAGAUGCGGACUUUGCGGUUGAGCAGAUGAAGUGGGAGAAUGAGCCCGCUCUGGAAGCCGAACAGGUUUCUGAGAUCGAGAAGCAGAUUGGUGCCGGCCUUAUUGAGGAAGUCAUCCAGGUCGCAGAGGGUGAGCUGAAGCUUGUCCAGGAGAUGUACAAGUCCAAGGUCUGGGAAGAGCUCGAGGAGAAGCCUCGCCCGGGUCAGUGGGUCUAUUUCGACCGCAUCCCCCCUGCCGCACCUUAA